AUGGCAGAACAUAAAAAAUCAACUAAAAAUGAUUAGCCUACUGUGCCUUCUUAGGGCAACCACCCACUCAAACAUCUGCUGUCUCAAUCAUUUGACAACACCACCUCCGGAAAUGCAAUGAGCAAAAAUUACAACAAGGCACUGCAGCAUAACCUGAACAACUUCUCUCAUGAAGAAUCCGCAUCAUCUUAAGAAGGAAAUGCAGCAGCCGCACAUUAGCUUAAUAAGAAAUUGUAAGCUCAGAUAAAGGACUUAUAGUAAAAUUUGGUUUUGAACAAAGAAAUUCUGAAUAGACUGCUAUCGAAUGCAGAUGCUAAUGAGGCUCUGUUGGUGAUCAUAAAAGAGAUGACCACCAAAAACAAUGCUCUCUAGGAAUAAGUUUCAAUCCUAUCGUCAGACAAGGAGUCACUGCAAAGCUUCGCAUAGCAGCAAGCUGAAGAUUUCAAAAAGUAAAUUAAAGAUUUGCAAUUGAACUCAGUAGCGGAAAGCGAAAUGAGUUUCAUGAAGGAGUAAAUUAUGAUGCUGAAGAAAAAAGUAGCUGAUAAAGAAUAUCAAUGUAUUAAAUAGGAUAAUGAGAUUAAGAAAAAGAAAAAGGAACUGGAAAAGCUCAAAAGCUUACUUGAAGAUAAUAACAGGGUCACCUCGGGAAUGAAUAAAUCUUUCGACAUUUAUCACAAUAAUAAAAAUAUGGAUUUUGAUGAGCUUAUAAAUAACUCAAUUGACUUGAUUACAACAAAGAUUCAAAACAAGCAUAAUAAAUCGAGAGACAGAUCUCCAUCUGUACCUAAAUUAGAUUUUAAAAAUGUUAAGGAGUUUUAGGAGUAAGAUUGGCUUUCUUAUUCGAAGAAAUUAGAAGAAUCUAUUAAGAUUUUAAAUCAGAGGAUUUUUUAUCUUGAAGAUGAAAAUGAUAAGUUAACCCAGAAAUAUCAUAGAUUAGCUCUUAAUAACACGAAAUUGUAUGAGUUGAAUGAAAAAUUGAAUCAAACUUUGAAAGAGUUGAAGACUAAAAUGAAAGAAAUAUAGAAAACUUUUAAAGAGAGAGCUAAAAGGCAGAAGGAAUGUUCUUUUUGUAAUAAUAUGGUAGAGAUGAGCAUGUCAAACUUCACAAUGACUUAUGAUAAGGUAAAUGUUAGCUUUGACACAUCACUAAUAAAUAACAGUUUUUAGAAUACUAAAAACUCAUUCAUGAAAGCCAAAGAGCAAUAAUAGUAUUAUGAGACAAAAGGAUCCAAUAUGGGAACGAACUAGAGUUAUUAGGAAAACCAAAUGAUGAUGCAGAGAAACAAUCAACCUAUUUACACUAACUAAGAAUUACAUGAGUUAAUAAAUGACUAUUCAAAGAAUAGCAAGAUUGAACCAAGUGAUGGUCUAGAUGGAUAAGAUGUAUAAGUGAAUGAUGACAACUUUUCUAGCAAACCUAAGAUUCUUAAAGAUACAAGCAAGUACAUAAAAAAGAAAUCUGGCAAAAUAUCCUAGCCCAAUCCAAUUAACAACAUAAUGUAAUCAGUUUAAGAGGGUCUGAGUCAAAUCUUAAAUCCAAGCUAAACAUUCACUGGGGACAACUAAGGAGUAGUUGGGCAAAAUUAGCCUAAACUUUCAAAUUAAACACCAACAUUUAAUAACAAUGCCCUUCCUGGUAGUAACAGUAACCCAGCGCUUCUGUAACAAUAACAGCAAUAAUAGCAUAUGCCUAAAAUAGCAGGAGUUGCAUUGAAAGAAGUUUCAUCCGUUAAAAAUCAAAAACUUUAAUAGCAGUUUAUGAAUAAGAAAGCAUCAAGAAAUUAAUUUGAUUAGUACUAAGAUCAGCAGAUAUAGCAGCAAAUAAUUUAGCAAUAAAUUCCAGAUUAACAACUAAUAAUGGCAAGAGAAGAGAGUGAUGAUAUCGCUUAUUAAAAGUAGUAAUAAAUGUAACUCUAAGAAUAGUUUAAAAGAUACUAUGUAAACCCAUAAAAUAGUGCAUAAAAUUAAGUGAAAAAUAUAAACAUGGUAGACCCUAAAAAUAUGAGAGCGGGUGGAGUAUAAAGAAGUAACUCUGAUUUGAAAAAUAAUCUACAUGGUAUGAAUUAAGCCUAAUAUAGCUCGUCUGGAUAAGCAUCAUCAAGUUAGAAAUCUUAAUAAAAUAGUAAAGAGAGAUAGAAACAACCUAUAGCCGGAUUUGAAGAGAAAACAAAACUGACUCGUGGAAAGAAACAGUCCGUGACCAACAGGAAUUCACCCACAAACCAAAUCUCUUAAAACUCAAACGCCUCAAGCUAAUAAUCGAAUAUGAUUGGGAAUUUCUUAAAUGUAUUUGACAGAAGAAAAAGAAACUGA